AUGCCGGGCGCUCCUAUGGCAGCCGGAGGGGCAGUGGGGCUGCUGCUGGUUACAUUGCUGAUAAUGCCUGGAGCUGGAGCAGAGCACUGCGGGGAGGGAGAAUACCUGCACAGAGGCGAGGAGGGAGAGUACCUGCACAGAGGUCACUGCUGUGUCCUUUGUCCACCAGGUACUUAUGUUGCAAAGCACUGCAGUGCUCCGCAUUUGAGAGGAGAAUGUCUCCCUUGCACUGAAGGAGAGGGUUAUACCGGUCAUGAGAACAGCUUGGAAGAAUGCUUGCCGUGCACACAGUGCAAAGAGGAUCAGAUAACUUUGAGACCCUGUGCUCUGAUGCAUGAUACUGAAUGCCAAUGCAAGCAAGGGUAUUUCUGCCCUCCUGAGGGCUGUGAAAUAUGUCAGAGAUGCAGAACAGCGUGUCCGGAAGGGCAAGAAAUUGUGCAGAAUUGCAAUGCUACUGCGGACCUAGGAUGUGGCUCAUCUGAUCAAGCUGCUUCAGCUGAUAAACAUGCAGAGAAAGGUCUGGAGCCUGAGGGCAGUACCGAAGGCCUCAUUUUGCCAGAAGUGGAGGUGCCUGCAGCCAACCCAGAGGGUGAGAACUCUGGUGAGAGCCCAGAAGACCAAGCACAAACCAACAUUAACUUGGAAGUAAAAAAUACAUUGGAGGAAAACAACGUUGUGCUUCCUGAGCGGGGCACCAUCCUCCGUGGGGGCUGGAGGCACUGCAUGGGAAAGUACUUGAGGAUCGCCAGGUCUUCACUACCAGUGAAAACUGGGCGGAAUCCUGCUUUUCAUCAGAAUGCCCCAUUUAACCUACGAAGUGGUAGGAUACCAGCAAAACGUGCGGUACGAGAACCAAAGUAUCAAAUAAUUGUUAAAGAUCUCUCCCAAAAAGAACUGAGAGAUAGCUUUGCGGCCUUUAUAAAGGAAGUACCACAGAAAAAAUGGGAGCAGUUUAUGAGAACUCAUCUGCAGGAAAAUGAUAUUGUUAAAAUUAUUAGUGAGUUUCCUAAUGAUAUAGAAGAGCAAUCUUAUCAGAUGCUUCUCACCUGGAAACACACACUGGGAGAAAAACAAUCUAUUAUUAAGUUACUGUAUGAGUUAAGUUAUAUAGAUACCAAGGCUUAUGCUAAUGUAUUGAACACUUUAAAAAAUAAUAACAUUAUAAGUAUAUAA